AUGUCAAGAUAUUUAUCGAAAUAUACAUCGAAAUACAUCGAAAUUCAUCUUUCUUUCUUUCUUUCUUUCUUUCUUUCUCCUUUCCUUUAUUCCUUUCUUUUUUCUCUCUUUCUUUCUUUCUUUCUUUUUUGGUUUCUUUCUUUAUUUCUUUCUCAUUUUCUUUCUUUCUUUGGUCUCAUUCUUUCUCAUUUCCUUUUCUUUCUUUCUUUGGCCUCUUUCUUUCUUUCCUUGGUUUCUUUCUUUCUUUCUUUCUUUCUUUCUUUCUUUCUUUCUUUCUUUCUUUCGUCUCUUUCUUUCUCCUUUCCUUUUCUUUCUUUCUUUGGCCUCUUUCUUUCUUUCCUUGGUUUCUUUCUUUCUUUCUUUCUUUCUUUCUUUCUUUCUUUCUUUCGUCUCUUUCUUUCUCCUUUCUUUUUCUUUCAUUCUUUGGCCUCUUUCUUUCUUUCCUUGGUUUCUUUCUUUCUUUCUUUCUUUCUUUGGUCUCUUUCUUUCUCCUUUCCUUUUCUUUCUUUCUUUGGCCUCUUUCUUUCUUUCCUUGGUUUCUUUCUUUCUUUCUUUCUUUCUUUAGUCUCUUUCUUUCUCCUUUCCUUUUCUUUCUUUCUUUGGCCUCUUUCUUUCUUUCCUUGGUUUCUUUCUUUCUUUCUUUCUUUCUUUCGUCUCUUUCUUUCUCCUUUCCUUUUCUUUCUUUCUUUGGCCUCUUUCUUUCUUUCUUUCUUUCUUUCUUUCUUUCUUUCUUUCUUUCUUUCUUUCUUUUCAUCUUCCUAUUCUUUCUUGCUUGCUUUCUUUCUUUCUUUCUUUCUUUCUUUCUUUCUUUCUUUCUUUCUUUCUUUUCAUCUUCCCAUUCUUUCUUUCUUUCUUUGGUCUCUUUUUUCUCCUUUCUCUUUCUUUCUUCUUUUCUUUCUUUUUCUUUCUUUCUUUGGUCUCUUUCUUUCUUUCUCUGAUUUGGUCCUUUCUUUUUUUCUUUCUAUCAUUCUUUGGUCUCUUUUUUUCUCCUUUCCUUCCUUCAUUUCUUUUUCCUCUUUCUUUUUUCUUUCUUUCUUUCUUUUUUGGUUUUUUCUUUCUUUCUUUCUCAUUUUCUUUAUUUCUUUCUUUCUUUGGUCUCAAUCUUUCUUAGUCCUUUCCUUUCUUUUUUCUUUCUUUGGUCUUUUUUUAUCUUUUUUCUUUCUUUCUCCUUUCCUUCUUUCUUUGGUCUCCUUCUUUCUUUCUUUCUUUCUUUGGUCUCUUUCUUUCUUUCUUUCUUUGGUCUCUUUCUUUCUUUCUUUCGUUUUCUUUCUUUCUUUCUUUCUUUAUUUGGUUUCUUUCUUUCUUCCUUUCUUUUUCCUUUUCUUCCUUCCUUUCUUUCUUUCUUUUGAUCUCUUUCUAUCUUAA